AAAUAGUGAGACACAGACUAAUGAGUACUUUUCAAUUUUAGUUUUUUUUCCUUCUUUUUUUCAUUUUAUCAUCUCUUAUCAUUCAUUUUUUCGUAGAUUCGUCGGAAAACCUAAUUUUGCCAUAUAAACAUGUAAAAUCAUUUUCAAUUACAAUCAGGAAAGCUAUAUACGUUUUGAUAAUUUCACCUCAUAAAGAAAUGUCUUCCCAAUCACAUACUCCUAGUACUAAAGGACUUCUUUGUAAUGCUGGUGCUGGCGCUGCUGCUGGAGUUAUUGCUGCAACGUUUGUUUGCCCAUUAGAUGUAAUUAAAACUAGGUUUCAAGUUCAUGGAUUGCCAAAGCUUCCUAAAGGGAGUCUCAUUGUUGGGAGUUUGGAACAAAUAUUUCAAAAAGAGGGGAUACGUGGCAUGUACCGUGGGCUUUCACCGACUGUAUUAGCGUUACUUCCAAAUUGGGCAGUUUAUUUUACGAUGUAUGAGCAGUUCAAAAGCGUUCUUCAUUCCGAUGACGGGACCCAUCAACUCUCAGUAGGUGCUAACAUGAUGGCAGCUGCUGGUGCUGGAGCUGCUACGACGAUAGUCACAAAUCCUCUCUGGGUUGUCAAGACAAGAUUACAAACUCAAGGAAUGCGGAGUGGAAUAGUUCCAUAUAGGAAUACAUUGUCUGCACUGAGGAGAAUAGCCCUUGAGGAGGGUAUUCGUGGGUUAUACAGUGGUCUAGUCCCUGCAUUAGUUGGAAUCACUCACGUUGCUAUUCAAUUCCCAAUGUAUGAAAAGAUCAAAUUCCACCUUGCUGAGCGAGAUAAUACUUCCCCUGAUACACUGUCUGCAAGUAAUGUUGCUAUUGCCUCGUCAGUUGCGAAAAUAUCAGCUUCAACAUUGACAUAUCCACACGAGGUAGUUCGUUCGAGGUUGCAAGAACAAGGGUACCAUUCAGUGAAGCGCUAUUCUGGAAUGAUUGACUGUAUCAAACAAAUAUAUCACAAAGAGGGUCUUCCUGGUUUUUACCGUGGGUGUGGCACCAAUCUACUCAGGACCACCCCAGCUGCCAUAAUAACAUUCACCAGUUUCGAGAUGAUUCACCGAUUUCUCAUGACAUUGUCAUCACCACAGGCUCAUACAUCUUGAUGGAUGAUUUACAUUGUUUUCGUCUCUCACUAGAAGUCCUGACGAGAACUCUUAAAUUCUUGGUGGUGAGGUGCAAUAUCUGUAACGUAAUGCACAUACAUCAGCAAGCAAGGUAUUUAAGCCAGCCUUGUUGUUUCCCAUUGAUGACUGAGAAAUCCAACACUUGGAUUUGUAUAUCUCAAUUUUUAUGUCACCCUUAAAUACCAAUUCUUAUAUGGUUGUAGAACGUUUCUUUCGGCAAAUAUGUUCAGUCAUCAUUCAACCAUAUAUAAGCAUCAAGGAUAGAUUAGAAAUAGUACAUCUUCUGUCUGUAGUUUACAAUGAGAAGAACUUGUAUUGUUACUCUGGAACGCAGAUAACAUUGUUAUCGUUCUAAUAAAUCAUCAAGAUAUAUACAUUCUUUUAGCCUAUUAA